AUGGCACUAUCAUCUUUCAUUCAGUCAGUCUAUGAUAGACUUCUAGACGUCAGUAAUCGUCCUUUCCGGCUUACGCUUGCUAUUGGGAUUGCUACAUCCAUCUUGUAUGGCACUUACCAGCGUAUAUUCCAUCCACUGGCCAAAGUGCCUGGACCCGUGGUUGCAAGUCUAACUAGACUAUGGCUGGGCCGCCAGUUCCGAAGCCUAAAGAUGCAUCGCAUUGAGAUAGCUCUUCACCAUCGCUAUGGCUCCGUGGUUAGAAUUGGUCCAAAGGAGGUCAGCGUAUCCAGUCCACAGGCAAUGCAGCUGUUGUAUGGAGCUGGAAGUCGAUUUGAGAAAUCAGACUGGUACGUUUGUUGUGGUUCCCGCAAGGAGAAAGAGGCCUUUAAUCUCAUGGGAGAGACGGACAUGGCUCAGUACCGCACUCACCGUCGACUCAUCACCCCUGCGUACACAGUGCGUGCAAUGCAAGAUCUCCAAGAUGGGAUGCAUCAAGUCAUCUCACGGUUUGCGGAAGUAAUCAUGGGGAAUAAUGGAGAGAAAGUUGACCUCUCAUUGUGGAUUAAUCUGUUUUCCAUUGACCUCUUGACCAACUUAUUGUUUUCAAAACGCCUUGGUCUCCUGGAUGUAGGCAAAGAUGACGGAUCUAUAAGUGCAAAUGAGAUCUCGUCUGCCUAUGCGCAUUGGUCGGGUCUCUUUCCUUGGCUAUACGACUUCAACAGCUGGGUAAUAAAGCGCUUCGGUAUUCACUUAUUUGACAAACACGCCCCUUAUCCCGCAGUUCCCUGGUGUUUGAGCCAAAUGGAACCCCGUCUAGAGAGCACGGAUAGCAUUGCUCCCGAGUACCAAGACAUCUUGGCAAAGCUGAUUGGCCUGCGAUUGCAAAAUCCGCAACUAAAGCGCGACGAUGUCAUUGCUAUGGCAUUCACAACGCUUUACGCCGGAUUUGAUACCAUGGGAAUUACUCUAACGGCCACGCUGACUCUCAUAGCCAGCACACCCGGCUGCCAAAAAAGGUUACAUGCUGAGCUCGACGCUGCGCGUGAGCAAGGCCAGAUAUCAGCAUCUCCCACUUUCGAAGAGACUAAACAGCUUCCCUAUUUUCAGGCAUGUUUAGCGGAAGCUAUGCGUUAUCACCCGACGACGGGGACCACACUGCCUCGCGUCGUACCAAAGGGAGGAGCAGAGAUUGAUGGUUAUUUCUUACCUGAAGGCACCACCGUUGGGAUUUCUCCUUGGGUUCUGCACCGCGAUAAAUCCAUUUUCGGGCAUGACGCAGACGAGUUCAGACCACAGCGCUGGCUGGAAGCGAGUCAAGACAUUCGAUAUGAGAUGGAAAAAUGCUCGUUGGAGUUUGGCGGAGUGACUCGCAGCUGUCCCGGUAAACAACUUGCUCUCGUGGCUAUGAAUAUCAUGCUAGCUCAGAUCUUAAUGGAUUUUACACUUCAUCUAGACGGGCUGGAAGAGGUGAAGGAAAUAUGCAUGUUUUCUGUGCAUUUGGAGAAUGUCAAGGUUGCUUUCUUGCCAAGAGAGAGAACAUUCUAG